CUCCACCACGUCGUCACCGUGUCUGCAGAUCGAGGAGUGAUUUGACUGAAGACCUCGACCUGAUGUGGCAUUCUUGCACGGCUUCCUUCGCACUUGCCGUGCACUUCUGAUUACCACUCAAGUACCCCGCCUACCGCCGUCAAUUCCAUUGCUGUUUGCAGCUACCGCAAACGGUACCAUGGGUCGGCGACGACGACUACAACUUCUCAGAUCAAGGGGAGCCCUACGCGCUCAACGCUGACGAUGGCGCCCGCGCCAUACACCGCCGAACCGGGCAAUUGGUUCCUUCGCGGAGUCCAGUCUGCAGUCUUCUAUUAUCUCUCUUGCUCGCCCUGGCUCGGAUAUAAACACAGGCGGAAAAGGAGGAGGGAAGCGAAAGAGCAGGCACAAGCGAAAGCUGAGAUUGUUGUCACUCAACCGGGAAUCGUCACGCAGCCUGGGCCCUUUCAGACAAAUGAGGCAUGGGCAGAAGAGUUGAUGCUGGGUCCCGGACCACCCAAAGGCUGGAAGAAAGAUACGCUGCUGCAGAAGUUGCAAAAGAAAGUGCACAUGGAGGCGCCCAGCUCAGACGCUACGCCCGCCUCUGUUGAAACACCUGCACCGAGCUCGGAGCCGGUAAAGUCGCCUGCAAGACCAUCGACUCCACUCACAGAAUCGCCUGCUGAGUUGUCAAUAGCGACAUCUUCAACGACAGACGAGGUUGAGGAUAUAGACGCGAGUUGCGGCAAGUCUGCUUCGGUCCAGGAGAGACCACCGCGAGAAAGAAGACUGUCCAGUGCCAUGGAGAACCUGAAAGACUCUCUCCGCACAACAUUACAUCCGCCCAAAUGGAACUGGAAAAGAUAUGACCGGGAGGAUGAGAUUUUAGCCGGAUUCACGGAGAGAGUCACGAGAAUUUGGAAUCGGGCGACUUCAGGAAUGCACCAUGAGGAUUCCGAGGAGCAAGAUGAAGGCGGAGAGCCGUCAGCGUAUCGACGGAAGCGUGCGCCCACAAAUGAGAGUGAGCGAUAUGACUACAAUCGGGUAAGGCAUCCCGAAGUGAAUGAUCUACAUCCUCCGGUCGUAUCCCAGCUCCCGGCUACCAGGGCCGAAGCUGCCUGGAUGUUGCUUCCUCCUCCCAGUGCUGCUGUCAUGGAAGCACGCAGAAGGCCUGCUGCGGAACCUGAAAUGCGCUUUCCAUUAUGCGUCAUUGGCAGGCCGCGAAAACAGACGGAACCAACACCGUUCGUGGCCAAAACACGCUCUUCUGAACAGAUCGACAUGCAGGACAUGGUUUACUCUAGUGAUGCUGAAGAUGAAGAUGACGGUCUCAGCAGCAGUGAGGCACAAAGUGUCAGCCAAAGCAUCAACCACGGCGAGGUGCAAACUGAAAUUCACAGUCCAGCACGGAUCAAGCAUUUGUCGGAUCCCAUCGUCAAACCGCCACCGGCGGUGCAUCCAGUAUCACGGAUUGCGGGAGACUUGUUUGUACCGAAGAGAAGGGAUUCAUGGCAGUUUCAUUAUGUUGUCCCAUCGAACCAGCCGAUGGAAUGGUGAAAAUCACGCAACUGAGCACGCCCCUUUUUGAAAGCCGCAGGUGGCUGUUACUCCUUCAAUAUGGACCAAAGUUGUUUUCGAGGAAUUGGCCAGCCCUAGAUGGAUCUGUGCCAUCAUGUGCAGAUGAGUGUUGAAAUUGAUAGUUGGUUGACGUUUUCUUUACAAUAGUUUAGGGCGUUCUGCAAGAGCAAGGCGUUUACGAUCGUGAUGCAGGACAGAGGGUGAGAGUAGGAAUUUGGGACAGUGAUCGUGAGCACGAAUGUUAUGUAUUCUUCUGGUUUCGCAUCCUUCUGCAGCACUUUGAACUGCUUUCGGUCGCCUUGAAGGGCCCCCGCCACCAAGAAAUAUCGUACCUGAGCCUGACCAACGCAAGGUACAAACAUGCGGUUGGGCAGCAAUGCUAGUAGAUUUCGGGACCAGGGAUCUUCUGGUCUGCAUCAACGGGAUCUUUACGUUUGACGAGCCGGGCAUGCCGCUGAGCCUGUUUAUCCGAGCUAGAGAACGGAGAUGAGGUGGUACCAUUUCCCUGCAGGUCAUUGUGCAACGAUUGGGUCAAUGGUCAAGAGCGAAGACUGAGGCGGGUGUCGAGUGGAGAAAGAGGC